GAGAGGAGAGAGAGAGAGAGAGAGAGAGAGAGAUGAGUCCAGAGAGGGUGGCAGGGAAACUGAUAGAGAACUUUCAAAGCUCCUUUUCUCCACCUUCACUCAACUAGCCUCUAUAUUGCAGUCUCAAACUGAAGUCUUAUAAUUUUCUAAAGCUUUAGUUAUCUUCCCAUCUGAAAGAUUGUUUACCUCAUAUUUUUCUGUCUUUCUCUGUCGGUACCAUGAGACCAGAGAAGAACCCUUUAGACCUCAACAACUUGCCCGAUGAUUACACUAGGGACGGUAAACAGGUUUUCGAGGACGGCUCCUCCUCGGCAGGCUAUAGGAAAAAGAAAAGCGGCGCAAAGGAUGGGAAAGAUGAGUGCGGGAAGGUCUAUGAAUGUAGGUUUUGUUCCCUCAAGUUUUGCAAAUCUCAAGCUCUUGGGGGGCACAUGAACCGCCACCGACAAGAAAGGGAGACUGAGACACUGAACCGGGCUCGUCAGCUGGUCUUCAAUAACGAUAACUUGGCCGCCCAAGGGCAUCUAGGCAGCCAUCCAAGCUACCAUCCAGGAGGCAACGUUGGAGAUCCAACGCUACCAUUCAGAUCAGUUUACCCACCAAGAUUGUUCUCUGGUUCUUCAUCAACGCUCUUGCCACCACCAUUGCAGCCACCGCAACCUUAUAUACACCCAUCACCGUCACGCCUCAGCUCCUACCCUUCCCAAUACCCAACUCACCCCAUGAACGACUACUAUGUAGGACAUGUCCUAGGAAGCAGCAGUUCAUCACAAUACCCUCACCAAAACCUAAACUACCUGGGUGAACCAGAGCCUAAUUACGCUUGCAUUGGGGCGCCAGUUGGACAUGGGUUCGGGCCUGGUUCAAGUCGGGCAGCGGACUUGGGGGGAGGAGGAGGAGGUGCUGGUGGUAGAGACGUGUCACUGAGCAAUCAGGAAGAGGGGUUGAAUUGGGGUAGGAGCUAUGCAGGCGGGACACAGCAGCGGUUGGAUCAUCCUUCAACGAUCAAUCGAUUUCAGGACGGGUUCUAAAGAUUGUUUUAUCUUUUUCUUCUCCUUUUAAAUUUUAUGGUUAUGUUUAUGAAGUAUAUUAAUCUGCUUGGACACGCCAGCCAGAGAGAGAGACUUAACAAACUGACAAAUGGGGUCAUGCAAGGAAGGAGAGAAAGAGAAGUUUUUGGUUUAUGUACAGGGAUUGGGGCAGCUUUUUGAGCUCAUGGACACUCUCAGCUAGUUUGGCUUGGAGCUGUGGGGAUUGGAGGGGUUGAGUUGUUUUGUGCCAAAGCAACCGUGAGAAAUGGGGACUACAGCUGGGAGGUGGGACAAGAAGUUAGAUAUGAACUAAAAGUUUCUAACCCCCUUUUUGCAUUUGGAUUUUUUUUGCAUGGCAAUGAAUGCUUUUUCUUAUGUUUCUUAUAUCUAUUGCUAUGUUUUAGACUUUAGUGUGCUUUUCUUGUUGCAUUCAUCCAACUUUGACUGGAGCUGGUGGAGGGGUGGUCCUGUUUCUCUCUCUCCAGAACCAAAAUUGGGAUCUUCUUGAUUUUUGAGACAUUUAUGUUUACACCAUGCUUGCACAGUAUGGGCAAUGACCUAGAGAGAAGCUGCUGAAACUCCAUUGAACACAUUUUUGCUGAGAGUUUCCUGACGAGAAACAAUCAACUCUGUCAAGA